AUGGCUGGAAUGUCAAAAUCUUCUGGCGCCAAAGUCAUCUUUAUGCAUUUCGAUUCAUCACAUGAUGAUGGUACUCCCGGACCAUCUACUGAUGGCGCUAUCGUUAGUAGCGACGGCAUGCUUAAUCCUGCAAGCGCUGCUAUUUAUCAAACGAUGGCUGAAGAUCAAAAUAUUUUUAUUUGA